UAAAUAUUGCUUUUAUUUUCUUAUUAUUACUAUUAGUACAGUGCAAGGACCUUACGCUGCAUACAUAUCAAGGAUACGAGUACCGGUACAUGUUCAGCGGCUUUCCAUCUGUUUGUGGGCGUGUGAUUUCCCAGCGAAAGGGGCAGCGGCUGUCGAAUAAUGAGGAGAGAGAGCCCGCCCCCGUCAUGUUUAUUGAUCCGGCAACGGAGGCCCUCCCGCAGGCAGCCAGGCAGCAGUCGACUCCGCCGUGCUCGCUGACUAUGGCGCUCCCGCUUAGUCUGCGUCUCCCCGUGAGAAUCGGCCGCCAGCCGCCUCCGGUCAACAUCAUCACCAUGCCACUAGAACCUUAGCGGUCUCUGCGCAGAGCGAGUACCCAUGGCGAUGGAGGACGAGCCUGACAACCGCGGGGCUUGCAUCGACAGGCAGCCGGAUACGGUACUUCACCGAUCCGGGCUCAACCACGUCGGAGGUCGCGGUUGCCGCACCGGAGCUUCCGCCGCCCCAGCCGGGAUACGAGUGCUCAAGCGUAACAUGAAGCGAGUCGGGAGUCACGGCUGCAUGACGAGAAAGACCAGAUUUGGAUCCCGGGAACGCGACUGGCUAAAGAGCGACACCCAGCGGGGUUGCGUGUGUCUGUACGGAGGCACAGUGGACCCCCAGAUACCUGCCUCCGGACCCCAGGCCUCUUCCACUCCCCAACCCGACCUGCAGCUGGUACUCUGCUCCACCAGCACCACAGUGGAGGAGAUGUGCGCUCAGAGGGACGGACAUGGCCUCUUUGUUCAACUACACGGAGAUCUGCUAAGGAGGCUGGAGCCUACCGAGCGUCCGCUCCAGAUGCUUUACGACUAUCUGGCCGUUAUGGGCUACGCCGACCCGGUGCGAGUGCAGCAGGAGGCUGCAAAUUCAGACCUCAGCUGCUUGAUCCGUUUCUACAGCGAGCGACCCGUAAACGCGGACCAGCAGGAACGCACCCUGUUGAAGGGCGUGUUCAGCGUCCGUAAGGGCAAGACGCAGCUGCACAAGUGGGCCGAACGGCAGGUCAUUCUCUGCGGAACGUGUCUCAUCGUGGCCUCUGUCAAAGACAGCCUGACCGGCAAGAUGCACAUCCUGCCCCUGGUGGGGGGGAAGGUGGAGGAAGUGAAGAGGAGACAACACUGUCUGAUGUUCAGCUCUGCCGGAUCACAGGCUCAGACUUACUUUGUCAACUUUGACACACUGGCCGACUACCAGAGAUGGCAUCGACAAGCAUCCAAAGUGGUGUCGCAGACAGUCAGCCUGGUGGACCUAUCCUGCUAUAGUCUGGAGGCGGUGCCCGAGUAUCUGUUCUACAGCCAAGAUGUCACCCACCUCAACCUGCGACACAACUUCAUGAGCCUCCUGGGCCCUGGAGGUCUGCUCCACCUUCCCAGGUUCUCUCAGUUGAAGAGCUUGAACUUGUCUCACAACCGUCUGGGUGUUUUCCCUGAAUGCGUGUGUGAAAUUCUCACCCUCACCGAACUUUGCCUCUCCUGCAACAAUCUCCACAACGUGCCCGUGCAGAUCGGCAACCUGCAAAGCCUGCAAACGCUGUCUUUGGAUGGAAACCACCUGAGCUCCCUUCCCGCUGAGCUGGGUGGACUGCCCCAGCUCGGCAGUCUUGGCCUCUCCUUCAACGACUUCAAUCACAUCCCAGCAGUGCUGGAGAGACUGAGUGGAGUGGACAAGUUGUCCAUGGCUGGGAACCAAGUGGUGUGUUUGGAGUUGGGUGCUCUGCUCACCAUGAGCCACCUGAAACACAUCGACCUCAGAUUGAAUGGACUACGGUGUGUGAAAAGCGAGAGUCCUGAGCCAGUGACUCAGUUGACCCACCUGGACCUGAGGGACAACUGUUUAGACUCACUGGACCUCACUUCCAUCUGCAGCCUGGAGACUCUCCACUGUCAGCGCAACCAGCUGAAGGCGCUGACGGUCGGCGGCUUCGCGCUACGCAUGCUUCACGCCGGCAGCAACCGCCUUAGCUCAGUCAGCGUUUACCCAGUCCCAAACCAACUUACACACUUGGAUUUAUCACAGAACCUUCUGGAACACGUACCAGAUUGGCUGAGUGACUGCAGAAAAAUGGAGGUGCUGGACAUCACGCACAAUCUCCUCGCAGAGCUUCCAUCCAGGUUGGUCAACAGUUUGAGUUUGAAGAAGCUUCUAGCGGGGAACAAUCGCUUGUCGAGAUUGCCAGACAUGCUAGACCACGUUCCCUUGGAAAUCUUGGACCUCCAGCACAAUAAACUAGGAGAACUCCCGGAGAGUCUCUUCUUCAAGGCCUUAAAUCUAAAACAUUUAAACGCAUCUGCCAAUAACCUGGAAAGUAUUCCUCCCAGCGGCCAAUCAGACGACAGCCUAAGUACGCUGCAGGAGCUCUACCUGACCAGGAACAACCUCAAUGAAAAUUGCGGCGCUCUGCUGGUAGGACACCACAACCUGAGGGUCCUGCACAUAGCCUACAACCAGCUGCUCUCAUUCCCUGCCAGUAAGCUGAGUAAGCUGGAGCUGCUUGAGGAGCUCAACCUAAGUGGCAACAAGCUGAAGAGCAUCCCCUCCACGGUGUCCAGCUGCAAGAAACUGCAUACCCUCAUUGCGCACUCAAAUCAGAUCAACGUCUUCCCGGAGAUCCUCAACCUUCCUGAAAUCAAGCUUGUAGAUCUGAGCUGUAACGAGCUGACUGAGAUCCAACUGCCUGAAUCGCUACUGCCCAGCCUCCAGGAGUUGGAUUUGACGGGCAAUGGCAGCCUGAUGCUGGAACACAACACUCUUAAUCUCUUCAGUCACAUCACCACAUUGAAACUGGACCAGAAAUCGACUGCAACGGGAGAAUCGCAAAACGUCUCUGCUCCCUGGAGCCAUGGGUACUCUGAAAUGAGCGGCCAAAGGAAUAAGUUGUGUGUGUCCGUGCUGGCCAUCGACCGACUUGGAGACAGGGUGGAAGCAUGUUACAGUAUUUUCGACGGCGACCGCAAUGAGGAAGUCCCUCGGCUGCUCCAGUGCACUAUGGGCGACGUGCUGUGCGAGGAAGUGCAACAUUCCAGUAUUGACAGUGUGUAUAUGAGCAACACAUUCCUAACUUCACACAGGAAACUAGGUACGGUCGGCCAGAAAUUGGGUGCCUCUGCCUUGCUGUGUUAUAUCCACCAUGAGUCCUCAGAGCCAGGAGGCUACCUCAGUGUGACAGUGGCCAACGUGGGCACCUGCCAAGCGGUGUUGUGUCGGGAUGGUCGACCUGUACCCCUCUCAAAGGUGUACAGCCUGGAGAACUGCACUGAGGAGAUGGAGAGAGUUAAACUCAACAAAGCCAUCAUUACCGAGGAUAACAAAGUGAGUGGUGUGACAUGCUGCACCCGCCUGCUGGGCUGCUCUUAUCUGUCUCCGUGGGUGCUUCCGAAGCCCUGGGUGCACACCGAGCCGCUCUCAUCCCUGGAUGAAUUCUUGAUCCUGGGGAAUCGCGCGCUGUUUGAGCGCGUAUCCUACCAGGAAGCUGUGUGCACAGUUCAGGCCAUGCGGGAUCCGCGCGCCGCCGCCAAAAAGCUUUGCACGCUGGCCCAGAGCUACGGCUGCAAGGACAACAUUGGGGCUGUGGUCGUGGCCUUGAACAUUGCCGAGGACAGCUGCACUUGCAAGCCACCCGUUUACACCACUGAACCCAGGGGUCCCCCUCCGGGCCCUUUGGCUGUAUGCAUGACGCCAGCCCCAAGUGACACAGCUACUUUGUCAUCCACUAGCGGGGUGGUCUCUGAGUUCAACAGCGAGACGUCAGCGUCAGAGGUGGGCAGCGAGGCGGGCUCCACCGCCUCCGAUGAGCACCCAAGCUCAGGAGUUGCGCCACGUCCCGAGAGACGUUGUAGCCUGCAUCCCGCUACGACGCUGUGCGGUAUCAUAGUCCCAGGCUCGGUCGGGCUGGGGAGCCACAUGGGCCUGUUCCAGCGGCAACCUUCCUGUGCCACGUUCUCCAGCAACCACUCUGACAACGGUUUGGACAGCGACGAUGAGACUCCUCUAGAAGGCGUCAUCUCCAAUGGCAGCAAGUUAGAAGUGGAGGUGGACAUUCACUGCUGCGCUUUCCAGCUGCGAUCAGGGGCCCCCGAGAGCCUGAAGGACACAGCCUUUGAAAAGCGAUUGUCUGAUUAUCCGAAUGGCAAGAUGCGCAGGCAGAAUAGUGUGGUGGUCUCCGCGACAAAUGGCUGCCUGCUGGCUGUUUGUGGCAGAGAGCUCGCGGACCUGAAGAAAUCACCUUCGACUUCGUGUCUGUUCGGGAAGAAGCUGUCCAACGGCUCUGUGGUGGCCCCCGAGGACAGUCAUAAUCUCAUCGAGGUGGCCCUGGAGGCACCUAAAAAGAAGUCCGGGUAUUUCACUGCGCCCGCACAGCAGGAACCCGAAGACCAGCUGAUUGUGCCUCCUUGUCUGGAGCAGGAAGUCAGAGAGCAGCUAAAAGGCCAGAGCUCUCUGGUCUCAGCCCCCUCUGCACCGUCCACACCCCCUUCUGUCAAAGACGCAGGGUGGGAUCAAUCACAACCCCCUACUCCCUUUGCCCUGAACCUAGUACCAGGUCUUGGAGCGACCCCAAUCGUAAAGCCUGAGGUCUAUGAUACCGCCCUGUAAAAGGGGGAACAUAGCACAGCUUGGCUGCCAUGCUGUUAACGUGCCAUCCCAGGGAAGUAGAGAAGAUUUGUCCAUUGAGAAAUUAGUGUGAGAUUCAAGGGGAAAUUCUCUUUGCAUCGUGCGAGCAAGACACUUUUUGGCUCAAGCAUGAAACUGUCAAACUUAUCCUCUCACUUUGGGAUUGCACAGGACUGUGCUCAGUGCGGGUCACAUUCUUCUAGUCCAAGUGCCUACUGGAGAUGACUCAGCCUCAGAGUUCCCAGGCUACACGGCUGUUUUAGAGUAGAGCUUCUUACUCAGACCCGGAGGAAGGACAAUGAAGUUGACACAGCUCGCCCUCCGCUUCCUGUAGCUUAUACAAGAAAAUACACAUAAUGUAUGCCAUUCAGUCUCAAAUGGCCCCGUUCCCAUCAAACCUCAAUUCAGUUGAGUUAGGUCUGGUUUGUGUUUGUAUUGCGGGAUAAAAAUGGUUGAUCGUGUAGUUGCCAAAACUCAGAAUGAGUCCUGAUUGCACCUUUUAAACUCAACGUCGUCUAAACCUUUUCCAGUAAUUGGACUGCAUACAGAAAGAUUGAAGGAUGACUAGGCCACUUUCAUAUUCUCCACCUUUUGUUUAUUAAA